AUGGGAGAUCACAGGGCUAUUAAAGCUGCCAAGGCUGGAGACUUGACUACCUUGGAACAGCUGCACAUAGAUGGUGCUCUGGGCCAGAACAUUAUUGAUUGUCUAGGAGCAGGCCUGGUCCAUCAUGCAUCACGAGCAGGCAGACUAGAGUGCCUCAAGUUCUUGGUACUGCAGGCAAAGCUUCCCGGGAAUCAGAGAGCAAACAAUGGUGCAACUCCUGCACAUGAUGCAGCAGCUGUGGGCAACUUGGCUGAAUUGCAGUGGCUGAUCAAAGAUGGAGGGUACAGCAUGCAGGAGGAAGAUGCUUCUGGGGCUUCUCCUCUCCAUUUGGCUGCUCGCUUUGGGCAUUCAGAAGCCGUCAAGUGGCUAAUCCAGGCAGGUUACAACACUGCAUCAGAGACCCAGGAAGGAGCAAUUCCAGCACAUUAUGCAGCUGCAAAGGGAGAUCUCACCUGCCUGAAACUGCUGGUGGCUGCAGACUGCAGUUGUGUGAACAAGCAGACUCGGAGUGGAGCUACUCUGCUGUACCUUGCCUGUCAGGAGGGCCAUCUUCACAUUGUCCAGUUCCUGGUGAAGGACUGCGCAGCUAACGUGCACCUGAGAGCACAGGAUGGCAUGACAGUGUUGCAUGCAGCUGCCAGUGGUGGCCACUAUGCUGUUGUCAUAUGGCUGGGAACUUUCACUGACAUCAGCCUUGGAGCCCAAGAUGAGGAAGGAGCCACUGCACUCCAUUUUGCUGCCAGAGAAGGCCACAUAGCUAUUGUGGACAGACUAUUCCUCAUGGGAGCUGAAGUGGUGCUAGACCACUGGGGAGGAACCCCUCUCCAUGAUGCAGCAGAGAAUGGGCAGCUGAAGUGCUGCCAAAUGCUUAUCUCCCACCAAGUAGAUCCCAGGAUAUGUGAUAGGGAUGGCUAUACUGCACGAGACCUGGCAGAAUACAAUGGACACCGGCAAUGUGCACGUUAUCUGCAAGAGGUGGAGAAAAUGGUAAUUGAAACAUUAUUUUAUAUUUAUACAGAGUUUGUCUUCCUUGUGAGACCCUGGAACUGCAUAUCAGGCUUCUACUUUGUAGGCUAUUUUGCCAGGAAAAUGAGAGAUUUCUAUAUCUGUUCCAUUAACCUAAGACAGGCAGAUGCUCUUCAAGAAGGCCAUGCUUCCACAUCUGAUAUGACAGCUUUCAUCAAUAUUACAUUACUCAGCAUUGACAUGGCACAGCCUGCCCUCGUGCUGAAUAAAGUGACUCACAGGAAUACUGGCCGUCGGACUUUUAGUUAUAUUCCUGCUAAUAUAUGUUGUUUAAUUCGCCUUGCUGUAGUGUUGCCUCAAAACUCCUGGCUUAUGGAAUCCUCUGCCUCACGCAUUCUCAGGGAAACUGUCCCCUUAGCCUCUACCUGUGAUUCUUCUGCUAUGGCAUUAUUAUCUCAGGCUGAAUAUGUGACCCUCACUGCCUCACUUGUAGGUGUCCCUGGCCUCGCCACCCACAACUCUCGUAACAUAAAUGCACUUGCUUGUGUAGUUGCUAAAGCAUUGAACCAUACCUCCAGUGCUCUCAUGGCUCUCAAUGUAGAACAGCGACAGCUUCGUUAUGCUAUUUUAGACAAUCGAGCUGCAAUCGAUUAUUUGUUGUUAUUACAUCAUCAAGGCUGUGAAGUUCAGCAAAAUCAGAAUCAGUUGUAUUUUUAUAUAUAUCAUUCUCUAUCCACAUAUGCUGGCCAGCAAUGUGAUUCCAACAGCCAAGGAACCAAGAUUGAUGAUAAAUACAAUAAACUAGAAUUUAGACAAGACUUUUCACAGAAACGGAGUGAUUAUGCCACAAGUAUGGAGAAUGGCCAGCAGCUGAGACAAUUUCAGACUCAUGCAAAUCAUACAUCAGGGAUGCAGAAAAAAGAAAUGAGCAACACUUUCCAAAAAGCAACUGCUCCAAAGGUCUCCACCAUACUGAAAGCUCAUGAAUCCAACAAAUCGGUAGCAGAAUUAAAGAUCAAUAAAUCUCUUCAGAAGGCCAGGAUCACAGCAUUGUUUUCAAACUCUGGUGAAAAGAGAGAGCAAACAGAAGCCAGCAUACCAAGCACUCUCCUUGUAACUCUGAAGAAGCUGGGAGCCUCAGAUAUUGAUGCCCUUGUGCCUACCCAUGAUGAGCGAGGAUGUUCCAUCCCAGAGUGGAAGCGGCAGGUGAUGGUGAGGAAAUUGCAGGCCCAGCUGGCAUCUGAAGAAGGAAUGAGCAAGAAGAACAAGGAAGACUGUGCUGUGGAGCAAGAUGAUUGGCAGUAUUCCCAGGCACACAAUGCCAUCCUGGGUCCCUAUGGGGAGCUUCUGACUGAGAAUGACCUCCUGUAUUUAGAGAAGCAGACUGAGAAGUUGCAAAUGAGGAAGAAGUGCCAGGAGUAUGAGAGUGAGCUAGGACGCCUGACAGAGGAACUGCAGACAGUUCUCCCAACUCCCAUUGUCAAUAUCACAAUCAACAGUCAGUUACUGCAGCAAGGAUCUGAGGAGAACAGCCAGGAACUCCCUGCCUGGUGCAGCCACAUGUCUGGAGUGGUGAAAAGCUUGUCUCUGUUGCUCAACAACAUCAAUGGAAUGAAAAAAGAAGAGAAUGAGAGACUAGCUCCAAAGAUACUUCCUAAGUCAAGAAAGACUGAUAUUAUUUCUGGAGGGACUGUCAAAAGAGAGAUUCUGGAGUGCGGUGUCUCUGUAAAAAAUCUAAGAGGCAGUUUUGAAAAACGAGCUCUCUUGGGACAACACAAAACCUUUGAGCUCCAAGAACUGAAAGUCAUGUCCUGGGAACAUGGGAAUGGGAAAGAGAGAAGUCCACAAAUAUUAUCAUAUGUUUGUGAGGGUAAGAAGAAAUUUCUUUGUGAAGACCAUGAGUUUGGAGACAUGGAGAAUGCCAGUGAUUCUGGCAUCAGCUGUGAGGAAGCCACCUCUGAGGUGACUGGUUCACCUGUCUCUAUAGCAGAGUCUAGCAUGCUCCGAAAGGAACGUAUUGUACUGCUUUUUUUAAGUCACUGGAAAAAAUCUGCCUAUACUCCUUCCCUAAAGCUCAUGGCUAGCAAGACUGUAAAAGCCUUAAACCCUGCAAAGGUGGGGCUAGUAGACAUUACAGCAGAAGUUAAGAAGCAGCAAACUUCUAUGCAGAAGCCUUUGGUGGAAAUGAGCAAGCUUGGCCAUUUAGUUCGACAAAGAUAUGCUAUUAAAAAUCUAAUUGACCGCUGGAAGGACAUAAUUUCUGUUGUACCAUCUCGGCAGAUCAGGCGCCUCAGUCACCAGCACACAGUCUAUUCCCCAGAACAGUUUCUCCCAUAUGUGAAUGGUAAGCCUGCUGAUUACAACAGCUUAACUCUUGAUCUGUUUAUGUUGGGCUAUUUCCACAUCCUAGAGCUGGACCUCUCCCCAGAAGAACGGAAGAGAAGACAUCUCCUUUGCUUUGAAGUCUUUGACCACUUGGGUAGGCAUCGAUGGGAAACAGUGCGUGCCUUUCACAAAGCAGUGAUUGAUGAGAUAGCUGCUGGCAAAAGAGGCUGGAAAGAUAGCUUUGAGGACAUUAAGACAAGGUUUUUUGGUAACCCAGUCAGUAAUGUGGAACUCAAAACAUCACCUGUUGAAGCGAAUCUGAAAUCAGCAACCAGUGACAGGGUCCAGAGUGUGGUUCUUGAGCAGAGAGAUAGUGCCCCACAAUGCUUUGAGCUAGGAAGCUUCAGUAAUGAUGAAAUCUGCAAGUAUAUUGAAAGGAGUUUUGCCUUCUGGAAAGAAAAAGAAGCAGAGAUGUUCAGUGUUGAGGCUUCAGGUCGACCUUUACAUUAGCAGUCUAUAUAUGCAUAGGAAUCUGUGAUCCAGAAUGCACAGAGGAGCCUGCUGAAGCUUCUCCUGACAUCUUCAAAGAGCUCUACUGAAAGUCUUAAUGAAAAGACCAAUAAUUUUUGGCAUUGUCCUUUGACAUAUGAUGAUUCAUUAUUCCAUGGGCACUGCAUGGAAUAAGCAGACACAAACUGGUAAUUUUGUUAGUAGCUAGAACUGCUGCAAGACUGAAGAGGGUUUUUUU